AUGGAGUCGAGUAAGCUCCCAACGGCGGAUUACUCUCCUCUUCUUCGGAUUUCCGAUCUCAAAAGGCGCGGAUCAAGUGAAGAAGGCUGCCAAUUGCCGCCCCAUUCUCUUUCUGCGGGAAAAGAUGUGAAAGAUCCCGCGUAUCAUGAAUCUCUUGGCCCUCUAGCAAAACGAGCUCGCAGCUGUACUGGAACAAAUCCGACUUUCGACACGAUCCAAAAGGCUUUCGGCGACGCCUUUCAGUAUUCCAGAUUGCCAAUACUAUUUUCAACGCUUGCUAUACCUCUGAUUGCCCUGGUUACCUGGCUUGCGUCUACAGCACCGGAACUUAAGCUCUUCGGGACAUUUGCUGGUUUAGUGAUUGGCGGCCGUUUUUCUCAAAGCACCGCAAAGGCUAUCAACAUUCUUUGCAGUGGAUUCAUGGCCCCAGCUCUAAUGACUGUCUUAAAUGUGAUUUGGUUCGGCUCUGCGCGUCUGGCCAUCCGCGCGUCUCGAGGCAAGCCGCAAGAGCAACAACGAAGAAUACCUCUAGCGACCUUGGUGACAGCCAGUGGUAUGUCUACGAGCAGUUAUAAUGUGAUGGACUUUAUUUCACUACGGAGGGGGCGGAUGUGGCGACUGUAUUGUCUUAUACUGCUUUCUUUAUCAUCUGCUCUCUCUUGGACAUCUCUAUCCAAUAUCAUCCCCUAUGAGGCCUACACGGAAACUAUUCUAUCCAACACCGAAUAUAAGCUCAGAGCACUCAACGACAUGGAAAUUGAUUCUACAACAAGCACCUCUGAUAGUAUAAUAGGCCAGGCGAAUGUUCUUGAGCCGCAACUUGUCUGA